ACCUGACACCUCCGACCGACAGAUGGCAGCAAAGACGACUGUGACGAAGCGGCGGCGGCGGCGGCGGCAGCCACCAAAAGACAACAAGGAGUUCCAAGAGGCGGCCGUAGUGGCACAGCACACGUGCGGCGUGUCAUCGGGUGACCGGGAAACACAGAAAAAGUCGCGGCAGGCAGCAGUGCCGGUGAGUGGAGAGGACGGCGGGCCGAAGACACCGAUGGCGGGGCUGCAAGGGAACGGCUUUAGUGCGCCGGUCUCCUGAAGAGGAGUGACAGCUCGACGCCGGGGAUCAGCGGUUCUCCUCAGUUCGGUGGGCCGAUGUGUUGCUGUUUUCCCAGGCGUGUGAAGCGAGCGGAUGAAGGCCUGAGCCCAGGCAGGUGAAGUGACUUGCUCAGGUCACACAGUGGUGUCAGCAGUGGGAUUUGAACCCACAACCUCAGUGUCUGAACUCCAAAGUCUUAACUGCUUCAGCACAAUUGUGUGGAACCUCUUAUGGAUCUAAAUGUGGAAAUGUCAUGUGGAUGGGGCUUUAAGAAACCAAAAAUGGCUCCCCUAUGGCAUUGCUGUGAAGAGCCAAUCGGGCACCUUAAGAGAGUGUAGAAUCGGGCACAGCGUGGAGCGUCAGGGGUGAGAAAAAAGCGAGCUGCCAAUCCGGCUGAUUUCAUCAUGACUUGCGUAAUGGCCUCCUCACCACCACAGCAAAUGUGAACAUGGCCUCUCCCAGAUGCAGCAUCGGAAAGCAAACGAUGGCCAGCAUCAAGGAAGAAAACUGUGAGUGGGAGUCUGUUCACCACAUCCAAGGGGGCCUCUGCACCACGAUGGAGUGUGGCGAAGACUGGGGAUCUGUUUUUAAAGAGGAGGAGCAGCUUGAGAGCUCAAUUGCCAUGGUUAAACAAGAGGAUCCUGAGCAGGUCUCCAUUCAACUUGAGAAGAAGAAACAGGAAGGGAUCCAGAAUUUCAAGGAGGAUGGGCCCUCGGCAAACAAACCCAGUGUACAACCGGAAAGGGAGAUGACUUUAGUAGAGGCCACCAUGAAAAGAAGAUGGCCUUUGCUCCCACCACCACAUGUUGUCCAGCUGAGUCCUGAGUUGGAGGAGAAAGUCAGUGAACGGUUGUGUCACAGGAACGACACACAAAAAACGCAAACAUCUACACAGCAGCUAGGAAUACCAGACCUCCAUGAGAGUGACGGUAUUGUCCUAUCUGUGUUUCCUGAACAAGAUGGUGCAAACAUUAAGAAAUCAGCAUGUAGCACAGAAAGUUUAAACUUUACCACCAUCCCACUGGCAUGCCAACCUUUUGUGAAGUUAAGAGUGAUGGACGCCUUCAGAAUUCAUCAGGUGCACAGUGCAGACUCGGAGGCUUUGUGUAUUGUUGAAGAGAACAAUAUCAAUUUAAAACCCAACAAACUUUCAGACACUCUUUAUAAUCCUAUGGAAGAGAACCCAUGUUGUUGUACCGAGUGUGGAAAAUUCUUCUCAGACAUCAGCAGUCUCCAGAGCCACAAAAAAACUCAUUCUGGAGAUAAACCUUAUGAAUGCUCAGAAUGUGGCAAAAGGUUCUUGCAAAAGAGCCAUCUUCAGAUACAUUCAAGAAUUCACACUGGAGAGAAACCCCAUUGCUGUUCGAUUUGUGGAAAGCGAUUCUCACAAAUUAACCAUCUUCAGAAUCACACAAGAAUACAUACAGGAGAGAAACCUCAUUGCUGUUCAGAGUGCGGCAAGCGGUUCACACAGAUAAGUAGUCUCCUUAACCAUACAAGAAUUCACACGGGAGAGAAACCUCACUGCUGUUCUGAAUGUGGUAAACGAUUCUCAGAAGUCAGCAAACUGAAGAGACACACAAAAGUCCACACGCGAGAAAAACCUCAUGGCUGUUCUGAAUGUGGCAAGCAGUUCUCCGAAGUCAGCACCCUUCAACGGCACAUAAGGAUUCACACCGGAGAGAAGCCUCACUCCUGUUCUGAAUGUGGAAAGCGAUUCUCACAGAUGAGCACUCUGCAGUGCCACACGAGGAUUCAUACCGGACUGAAACCUCAUUCCUGCUCUGAAUGUGGGAAGACAUUUUCACAUCUGAGUAAUUAUAAGAGGCACGCCAGACUUCACACGUAGAUCACCUGUAGUUACCUUGGAUUGCGGAUUGCUUUGGGUAAAUCAGGUUGACUCGAUUAAAUGAGCUUAAUUGACUAAAAAAAAAAA